CUUGGUAAUUAUGUCUGGACGUGGCAAGGGAGGCAAAGGACUGGGGAAAGGAGGCGCCAAGCGUCACCGCAAAGUUCUCCGUGAUAACAUCCAGGGAAUCACCAAACCCGCCAUCCGUCGUCUGGCUCGCCGCGGCGGAGUGAAGCGUAUCUCCGGCUUGAUCUACGAGGAGACCCGCGGCGUCCUGAAGGUGUUCCUGGAGAAUGUCAUCCGUGAUGCCGUCACUUACACCGAGCACGCCAAGAGGAAGACUGUGACCGCCAUGGAUGUUGUCUACGCCCUGAAGAGGCAGGGACGCACUCUGUACGGUUUCGGAGGUUAAAUAUUCCCCUCUAUGCCCCAUUCUAAACAUAAACGGUCCUUUUAAGGACCACACACUUCUAUUAAAAGAGCUGUUGUUCCUCAAACCAUGGAUAUAUAAGUCUAUAUUGAGCACUAUGAAUACAAUAGAUAUGAGAUCAGUGAUAACUGACCACAAAAAUUACAAAUAUUAACCGUCUCAAUAAUUUUAUCUUUGUAAAUGUUGCAACGAACCA